GGCCGCCCCAACCCCAUCUAACCAGCCAUCGCGAACGAGGACGGUUUCCCGUCCAGGUUCAUCCUCCCCCGCGAUUUAUUAAGAAGAGCGAGGGAAAGAGGGGCGGGAGAUCGCCAUUUUCUCUACCCUCCCGCCAGAUUAAGAUGCAGGGAGUCGCAGGCGCAAAACUCCCGUCUCCGAGGAAGUACGUUGCCGGGCCGGCGAGCCCGACGGACGUAGGUGGACGGAGGGACCUCUUCCAUGUGAUACACAAGGUUCCGGCCGGCGAUACACCCUAUGUGCGGGCCAAGCACGUCCAGCUAGUUGAGAAAGACCCCGAAGCUGCCAUCGUUCUGUUCUGGAAGGCCAUCAAUGCGGGGGACCGCAUCGACAGUGCUCUCAAGGACAUGGCUGUCGUGAUGAAGCAGCAGGACAGAGCAGAGGAAGCCAUCGAAGCAAUUAAGUCAUUCCGUCAUCUGUGCUCGAAGCAAGCUCAGGAAUCCCUUGACAACGUCCUCAUUGACCUCUACAAGAAAUGUGGAAGAGUAGAGGAGCAGAUAGAGCUACUGAAGCAGAAGCUUCGAAUGAUAUACCAAGGAGAGGCCUUCAACGGGAAGCCCACUAAAACUGCCCGCUCCCAUGGCAAAAAGUUCCAGGUCUCUAUCAGACAGGAAACUUCAAGAGUACUGGGUAAUUUGGGAUGGGCGUACAUGCAACAAAUGAACUAUGUUGCUGCGGAGGUUGUAUACAGAAAGGCCCAGGCGAUCGAUCCGGACGGUAACAAAGCCUGCAACUUGAGCCUCUGCCUCAUGCGGCAGGGAAGGUACGCCGAAGCUCGGAUGAUCCUGGAAGAUGUUAAGAAGGGGAGAUACGGCGGUUCAGAUGAAGGCAAGUCGGUCGUUCGGGCCGAAGAGUUGCUAAAGGAGAUGGGAACAUCAAGGGGGGAGACCGAUAACGGAGCCCGCGAUCACCAGGAUGGGUUUGAUCAUCUAGAAGAGGUCAUUCUUAGCGGGUUAGACAUGCUAACGAGCGACUGGGCUCCAGCGAGGUCGAGGCGAUUGCCCAUCUUUGAAGCCAUCACGCCCUACAGAGAUCAAGUUGCGUGUUGAUUACGGGAAGGUUAUUGCGCGACAGUGUACAUAGUAGGGUUGUGUUGGGGAAGGAAAGAAAGGAAGGACACCAUGGUUUUGGUCCUUUGUUGUGAUUGUAGUCGCCGUGGGCGGGGAGAGUCUUGGCAGUGCAGGAAAAGCACUGGUCUUUAAUAGAAAGAAAUUUGUCUGGUUACUUCUC